UCGUUUAUUUGACCACCCGACGCCGAGCAAUGACUAUCGUAACUGGCUCGACCUAGAUCAGAAAGAUCCCCUGAAGAUGUAUGCUCUUCGCCCCUCUAGUCUUUUCUCUCGGGUACCCGACUUGCAGCUGCUGCAAGAGUUUUAAAUCAAACAUGCCGCGCUCCUCGUUGCCGUUCAUUAUAUUGUGUCCGGCGCUGUUUUCGUCCCUCCUGCGUGUCGUUUUAUGGUGGGGAAUCUUUUCUGACGUCUAUUUCGUUUCGGUUUCCGCACGACGCCGCGCUGAUUCCACCCGCCCAUUUGGUUUCUUUCUCCCAUCUCCCCAGCACCAGCGCAGUCCCCGAUCUCCGAGUUGUCACUCUGAUUCCAGUAGAACAACCACGCCUCGAACAAGCCCUCGACACCCCGCAAUCAGCAGUUCGGCCGACGCACUGCUUUCCCCCCGCACAACCUCCACCAAUGACAAUCCCCACAAACGCGUGCAGCUGAAGGUGACCACCUACAUCCCGCGCGUGAAUUGGCUGGAGGUCCCGGGCGUCGCAACCCCGACCAAGGACCAGGGCUUGGCCAGUGGCUGCGCGGCCUUCGCGCUGGCCGCCGUGCUGGAGAGUCGGUAUGCGAUUCACCGGAGAAAAAACGCGGUGCCCGUGUCGACCGCGCAGUUGCUGGAAUGCGGGUCCGAAUACCUCGGGUGGGACCUCUGUACGGACGGCGGCCACGAUAGUCACCUGCUGCAGUAUUUACAUUUCGCUAAGGGGGUUGUGUCGGAAGAAGAGUACCCGACAAAAAUGUUCGCCACUUUUCUCGGCGGAAUGCUGCCCGCGGACCACGUCGGACGGAGGUGCAAGUACUCGAAAGAACGACCAUCGAAGUCCGGUUUUGAUAUGGGAACAAUUGGCUACUUGAACCUGACGGCCUCCUGGACGUUGAUGUCGUCUCUGUUUUCCAACACGGCUUCGCGGUCUGCUGAAGUAGACAGUCGGGAUUUUCUGGUCGAACAAGAUGAAAUUGAAACGGAGAACGCGAGACGAAAUAGUAAUAUUGUCCCGACAUCAUCUUCUAGCACUAGCAGAACAAGUAAAAGUAGAACUCUUACACCCGCCAGCAUUCAAGGCAAAACAGCACCAACAUCAAAGCGAUACAUCGACGGUGCUCCGGACCGGGACAAAAUCAUUCUCCCAACUGACGCCAGCUUCCUGCGCAUUUUCCCGCUGCCCCGCCACGCCUCGAGUCAGUGGACGAUGAUCCGGGACUAUCACGAGAAAAAAGUGUUCGUGUUGCAGUUACUGCAUCACAAAUUUUCUCUGUGUGGCAGGGAAAACUUGUAAUGCGAAGAUCAUAAGGGAAAACAGGAAGGAAACGAGGCUCCCAAGCAUUUCCUGCAUGAGAAAGGGCAUCUGUGUUGCCGGUCUUGCAACACAAUGUGUAAAUGUAACACUUUUUUCUUGCGAUAGGGACCAGGUGUAUCUGCUCGGCCCUGUGUUGUCCAGCAUCCGGGUACCCAAUUCCCUGCUCGAGUACGGCGGGGCGGGCGCUUUUUGGGUGGACCGAAUCCUCCCCUCCGACUGCCCCUGGUCAACAAAUAACCACGACGCAAUCUCCGAGGCGCAGCGGGGCCUCUUCACGCAGUCGUCCUACUCGAACCAGCCGAAGGAGUGGCACAGUGUCGCGAUUUUCGGCUUCGAGAGCUCCGCGUCGGCAAAGCAUCAGCGGAUGCAAACGGGUGGUUUUGGAGGCGGGGGAAGUAGUACUAGUAGAGCUGGUGCAACUUCAUCACAUGUUGCAAGUAGUCGGAACAAUGACCCUCAUCGGAAUCCUCGUUCAACAGCUCCGAACUACAGCACCUCCUCCCCGCGCGGUUCUGCAGGCAAGAGUAACGAUCCACCUGCAGUCGACGACAACAACGGUCCGUUCUGGAUCGUGCGCAAUUCCUGGGGACCAAUUGCCCACCGCGGCCGGGGUUACUUUCUGGUCCAGGCGGGAAGCAACGUAUGCCACAUCGAGGCGAUGGCGAAGAUCGUGGAUUUUGGCGGCUUCGACUGCGAACGGGAUUGCAUCCCGAUUUUGGCGCGAAGAGAGGUGAUGAGAUCAUCCACAGCACCCUCAAGGCCAUCCUUGCGGCAGUUUGUCAGCGGUGCGACUUCAAGUAUGAUAUCAUCGAAUCAUAAUCACACAGCACCAAACACCAUCAGAAAUCCAAAUUCUUCUACGCAGAGAGGGACGACAAAAAACCGGGUUGUAGCGUUCGCUCUGGGGGGAGAUGACGCCGACGACGAGGCGCAACAGACCAAAACCUUCGUACGCCUGUACCAGCAGCGAGACAUCCCUUUGCAGGAAUUAGCAAUGCGGCAAAACGUCCUCGCGGGGUCUUGGGCAGGGGCGGGCACGAGGAACCCGAUAACCGCUUUCCCGGAGUCCACGGGGGAACCAACAAUGAGCUACAGCGAGCGGUGCGGGAGUCGCGGUAGUACAAGGCCAGGAGGUCAUGAAGCAGCUGUUGAUACAAGAAGGACAAGGAGCACCAUUGCACCGCAAAACGGGGAACAUAGAAAAGAAGAGCCAAGUGCAACUUCCCCACCGGGUCAGGAGGAUUGGUGUCGCUUCUACUGCCGCAUGCACAGCACCGUCGUGAACACCAGCGGCUGGCCGUGGGGCGGGCAGCCGGAAACAAAGCGGACCUGCAAGAUGCGCAAAGACUACCGAUCGGCGUUUUUCACAGCUGAGUGGGAAAGUCGAAGACAACAAUCGCGGACUCAAAGACCAAUUAUCAGUCUUUGAUGUGAGAAGGAGAACAUCAUCGAUAAGUAGGAACUACACAAGAAGGACACUUACACUUAGGCAUCUAUCUCAUUCCAUAGCUUACACGAGCAGUCAUGAUUGCGUUUGGAUGUUAGCUUGAUGCUUGUACAAAUAACGAGUGACGAGUAUGAGCAGAAUUUCAAUUUGAGAAAUACGUCAACGUCUCAAUAAUCCAGCGCACUCAUUGUGAUGCAUGUGCUUGUGCAUGAUCCCGCAAUCACCAAGAUUGUGGAAAACAAAUGAACACCAGAUAGUGCUUCUCAAUUACAAUGAAUUAUGAAGCUGUAUUCACUUGAAGACCAUUGUUUUGCCGAACCGUAGUUUCAACAAAACCUGAAGUUUGCGAAAUGUAAAAUUUCCAGAACCACCGACGAAAAAAGCCGUGCCUUUCUUUGAAUUUCGAAGAUGAACAGGUGCCUCAAGACGAAUUUCCAUUUCCGU